UUGAUUUAUAUGGCAACGAUAAAAACCUAAAGCAAGAAAAUAGGGCCAUUCGCUACCAGUGGAGACCCAACUUAUCUUGAAUGGAUUGUUUAGUUUGCUGUUGCUCAGUUUAUGAUAUCAGGGUUUCUCUUUUUACUCGACCUGCAUCCCUGGUAUCUCAUCUUCCCCCCAUUCGUGUACAUCCAGUGGCUUUGACAACACCUGAUUUUCUUGUUUCCUUUGUUAGAUAUCCACCAGCAGUCCUCAUUUCGUCAAAAUUUUCAUGGCGUUUAUCAUGCGACGCCAUACCCACAAAGCAAUCACAGAUAAACCCACAAAUAGAAGAAACGAGACAGCGCCGCCAUAAUGCCAUGAAACAAUUCUUGCUCAAGGAAUGCUGUUUUUCUUCCUCUCAAAUCACAUUACUGAUAAGCAAAGACCCCAGCCUCUUCAGAAGAAGGUCCACAGACAGGGCCCAUCAGGUACUUCAGUUGCUCAGAGACUCUGGAUUCACUGUAGAGCAGAUAAGGAAAACUAUUAUCAGAAACACAACUGUUCUUAUUCGUUCUGUCGAUGGCCAUUUGAAGCCUAAAAUUGAAUACUUGAAAACAUUAGGGAUGGCUGAAGAAGAUGUGAAUUAUGUCGUCUCCCACCAUCCCAGACUUCUUACUAGCAGAUUAGAUGAAACUAUUGCUCCGAAAAUCUCAUCACUGAUCAAGUUUUUUGGGUCAAAGGAUAACCUAUUUAAGGCCCUCAGGAAGGCACCUGGGAUUGCGUCCUAUGAUGUUAAAGUGUUGAAUAAUAAAUUGAAGGUUUUGGAAAAUACAGGCCUCCUAGAGCAUGAGAUCAAACGAAUUCUUGAAAGGAACCCUCGAUUCCUUUGCUGCUCUGUAGGUAAGAUAGAGAAGAAUAUGGAGUUCUUGACAUGUACUGUAGGGUUAAAACCAAAUGUUGUGGUUAAAUAUCCUCAAUUCUUAGACUUUAGUGUAGAGAAGAGGAUGAGGCCACGGUAUGAGGUGUUUAAGUAUCUAAAUGCAUUGGGAGCUCGCCAUCACCUUACUACCCGUCUGGUUAUAAUUCUGGCAUUAAGUGAGGGGGAAUUCACUCAAAGGUUUCUAUCCGGCAGUCCUGAGGUCAAAAUGUUACAUGAAAAAUACAAGGGCAAGACUGCGGAUGUUGGAGUAACUGAACUUUUACCAACUCACCAAAGAUAAUUUGGAAAUGAACGGUGAUUUGCAAUGUAUCAGGUAGCGUUUUUAAGAGAAGAAAGAUUGUGAUCUGGUAUUUGGGCAUCCAAUCUGUCCACAGUCUAAAAGAGAAUGUCAGAUAAAAGUGAGAUUGUUGAAGAACCACUAGACAGUGAUGAUGACAUCAUUGAAGAUGAAGAACUUGUUCUAUUUUGAAGAAUCCAAUGCUUUGAAGAUAGAAAGAGAUGCAGAAGAGGCUAGAUACACGCUCAAUAGUCUGAGGUUCUAAUCGAUUGCAGAAACUAUACCUCAUUGAGGAUUGGUGUCCAAUAGUUCAAGGGAGAUCUGAAAAUCUAGAAAUUCAACAUCAUACUUUUACGAGGUUGAUGAGACACUUCAUGUGCAAAUGUUGUGCAAUGAUGUUGGGAACUUGGAUGAUAGCUGCAUGACUAUACCAGCAGUUGAGAGCAACUUAAAGAAGUCUUACUGAUCUAUGAACUAUUUUUCAAAGAAUAGCUUCUAUAUAAUUUACUUGUUAUCUUAAUUUAGUAAAAAUACUAAAUAGUGUAAAAGGCAUGUUAGAGGGUUUUUCUUUUUGUCAUGAUCACCACAUUAGUCUCAAUGUUUUCCAAAAUGCCACGCACCUUUUGGGAGGGAAAUCUUUUCUUUACAAAAAGUCAAGUUUUGUUUUUUUUGAAUGCUUGAAGAUUUCCAAUACACGUUGCAAUAGGAGUUAGGGUUUGGAGAGAUGCUAUGUAGUUAGUUGAUCCACUUUGCAGGAUCAUGAAGGAGUAAAACAGGGCACAUAACAUGAGAGGUUCAAAAUUUCUUUUGCUGUUAUGUAGCAUAAAUAAGAGCUCUUCAUUCUUGGUGUAAGAAGAGCAGAUGGUGGAUUUAAUAAGCACCUAGUUAGCAUUAGGCAUGUUAGGGUUUAUUGUUUUGAUGUUGAAAAUAGCAGCAGUUGUUUGUUCCAUUGGUUGCCCAUUGGUUGCCCACGUUGCAAGGGAGUUUAUGGGCAUACAAUGUUCAUGAAUGUUUUUCCACGUUGCAAAACAGAAUGAAAAAAACUUGGCACGUUGAAGGGGGUUUUGGUGUCCAACAUUGAAGAAGUCCAAGGUUUUGUUGUUUGAAACUAAAGAAAGGUCACACCCUUGCUUUCCAAUGUUUGCACACGUCUUAGAUCUUUUAUCUCUGUUAUUACGUUUUGACAGGUCAGGCCAUUUACCUUUCGCCGUGCCAUAUUAGUUUCUCAUCUCCAAACAUCUAAAUAAAGAGAUCCUCUUGAGAUUUUAACUAUUUCUUUAAUGGUGUUAAUGUAAUGUCCCUCCCUCUUUUGGCUUGUCACACCUUGUGAUUUGUGUUGUGUGGUUCAACCUUUAUUUUGUUGUUGGUCGAUUUUGGAUUUGGUU